AGAGAUUGUUUUUGUUUUUUUCUUUUUGCAAAGCCCAAUGCGGCGGCCGCUCUGCGAUCUCCUCUCUUUCUCCGUCGCCGAUCGCAGCUGGAGGUGGCCUGCUCGUCCCAGCGAGCAUGGCGAUGGUAUCGGCCCGGGAGGAUGUGGAAGAGAAGACUCGACCUCAGAUCACCAACAGCAAAGUGUUGGUAAUUGGGGCAACCGGGAGGCUAGGACAGCAUCUGGUGAAGGCGAGCCUCGCCGCGGGUCACCCCACCUUCGUCCUCGUGCGAGAGAUCGCCUCUCCCCGCGCCGAACGAUCUCUCCUCCUCCGAUCCUUCGCCAACAGCGGCGUCACUGCUCUCAAGGGUUCUUUACAAGACUACACAAGUCUUAUUGAAGCUGUCAAGCAAGUCAAUGUGAUUAUAUGUGCAGUGCCAUCAAGUGAAGUUCUUCAACAAAGGCUUCUAAUUCAGGUUAUAAAAGAAGCAAGAUGCAUCAAGAGGUUUAUCCCUUGUGAAUUUGGUGCUGACCCUGACAAGGUUCAUAUUCUCGGGAUGGAUUAUGAUUUUUACGAGAAGAAAGCUGAAAUUCGACGUUGCAUAGAGAAAGAAAAUCUUCCUCACACCUAUAUUUGUUGUAACUUCUUCCAGAGGUAUUUGCUUCCAUCGCUUGUACAGCCAGGUCUAAAGGCUCCUCCAAGAGACAAAGUACACAUUUUUGGAGAAGGAAACAUUAAAGCUGUUUUUGUUGAUGAGAAAGAUGUUGCUACAUUCACAAUUUGUGCGAUAGAUGACACAAGGACUUUAAAUAAGGUAGUAUAUCUACGACCGCAAGGCAAUGUCUAUUCACUGAACGAGCUGGUCGAGAUUUGGGAGGUUAAAAUUGGAAAGAAGCUCGAAAAAAUUUAUAUAACUGAGGAGCAACUUCUUAGAAGUAUUCAUGAGAUCCCGUACCCGAGCAACAUGGAAAUGAUCUUCAUAUAUUCCGCUUUUGUCAAAGGCGAUCAUACUUACUUCGGCAUCAACUCAUCUGGCUUGGAUGGGAGCAAGCUAUAUCCACACGUGAGAUGCAAAACCGUCGACGAAUAUCUGAGUACCCUCUUGGAUAAAACAGAUUAAGUAAUUCAUUUGCGAUUCUCUAUAGUUUGAAAUCAUCAUUCUUUCUGAUUGCUGGUAGACCUAUUGACUAUGUAUGUAUCAAUUUUCAAUAUCUUGUUUAAGAGCAAUCUUUCGAUCUUUUAAUCAA